UACACUCUUCCGGGUUGCUUCGCUUCAUCCAGUUGCAAGUGGCUCUACGCGUUUAUAUAGGUUCUCUUCUCCCUCUUGGCUACACCAGGCCGAAGUCAUUCAGCCGUUGAUCUGCGUUCAAAGGAUCCAUACCAGUAGAAACCAAGCUACCAAUCGCAGCUCAACAAUGGUUGACGAUCAGGACCUUGGCUUCAUUGCUAAUUUUCUUGGUAUCUUUAUCUUUAUGCUGGUGAUUGCGUAUCAUUAUGUGAUGGCUGAUCCAAGAUAUGAAGGCAACUAGUGGUUCCGUUUUUAGUGGUGAUAUCAUGUCGGUUUAGUUUUCUUUUUUUAACUUGUUUACAGAUGGAAUCACUUUGGGGGUAGCUAAAUUCUCUGUUUGCAACAAUGAAUUGUACAACUUCAUCUGCCGCAUAAAAACUUUCACCUUUUAUUCCUA